CAUGCAUAUAGAGGGUUCCAAGCUACAAGCUACAAUAACUCGUAACAUCCAUACUUGCCCGAAAUCCACAUAAUACGUGUAACAACCGAAGGUGCCAGUGACCGGGGUAUCUUACGGGGUUUGGGUCGCCAAUUCAAGUCGACAUGCCAGCUGCAACGCCAUCGGAUACAUCCCCCGAGGACGAGGAGUUUUACGCUUCUUGGGGACUAUGUAUCCUAUGUGUACUCCUCAUCGGAGCUCUUAUCUGCUCUUAUUAUCUCCAGGUGAAAAGGAUCCGAGCGAUCCACGAGACCGUGGUGUCCAUCUUCGCAGGGAUGGUUGUCGGUCUUAUAAUCCGUUUAUCGCCCGGUCACCUUAUCCGGGAGAUGUUGUCCUUCAAACACACCCUCUUCUUCAACCUUUUACUACCGCCAAUCAUUCUCAACUCAGGCUAUGAGCUUAAACAGGAGAACUUCUUCAGAAAUUUCGGGACAAUCUUGACGUUCGCUUUCCUUGGAACCUUUAUCUCCGCUGUUGGUCUAGGAGUCUUGGUGUACAUAUGGUCAUUCUUAGGCCUCGAAGGCCUCAAAUUCACCCUGCUGGAGUGCUUGAUCUUCGGCUCGACCUUAUCAGCAACUGAUCCAGUGACGAUCUUGGCGAUCUUCAAUACCUAUAAAGUUGACCCCAAGCUCUACACUAUUAUCUUUGGAGAGAGCAUUUUGAACGAUGCAGUGUCCAUCGUCAUGUAUGAGACACUAUCACAAUUCCACGGUGAAGACAUCUAUUUGUCCUCGCUGUUCCACGGAAUUGGCAUCUUCUUGCUUUCCUUCUCAAUCUCGAUGGCGUUAGGGGUCGUCUUCGGUCUGAUGUGCUCGCUCGGAUUGAAACACUCGAAUUUGGCCCUCUACCCUCACAUCGAGAGCUGUAUCGUAUCGCUGGUUGCAUAUUGCGCAUAUUUCUUCUCCAACGGGUUGAGCAUGAGUGGAAUCGUGUCCUUGCUUUUCUGCGGAGUGACCCUCAAGCACUAUGCGUAUCACACCAUGUCCGUCAAGACCCAGAAGACCACAAAGUACAUGUUCGCGGUCAUGUCGCAACUUUCGGAAAAUUUCAUCUUUAUCUAUCUCGGUCUCAACCUGUUUACCCAGGAUGCACAGGUCUUCAAGCCUUUAUUCAUCAUCGUAACAGCGAUCGCGGUCAUGGCCUCCCGUUACGCAGCCGUCUUCCCCCUAUCAGAGUUGAUCAACUGGGUUUUCCACACUCGAGGCCAGAGGCACGAGGAGAUUCCCCAUUCGUAUCAGAUGAUGCUCUUCUGGGCCGGACUUCGGGGAGCCGUCGGUGUCGCCCUCGCGGCCGGUAUCACGGGCGAUAACGCAGACGCCCUGAGAACGACGAUCCUCGUUGUGGUCGUCAUGACCGUCGUCAUCUUUGGAGGUACUACAGCAAGGAUGCUCGAAGUCCUUGGGAUCCGCGUUGGUGUCGAGGACGAUGAUGACAGCUCGGACGAUGAUGGCGGCUGGACUGCACACGGAGGCAACCUGGCUCUCGCGAUGGGUCCAGGUAGUCGCAAGUUCGCUGGGAGGCAUCCUUAUGGAGACGACUAUGACGAUGGCUACAAUAGCUACAGUGGUUCUCCGCUGGAAUCGCCUUACCAUCCGUCAGGCACAUUCCCCUUGGACGUCGGUCGAUCGCGAACCGUAUCGGGCGGGUCUCGAGCUGGACCUUAUGGAGCGAAAGGGAGACAAGCUUCGACUGGCUAUUCCGCCGGCUCGAGCUCGGAUUCGGAUGACAAUGAACCCCUGCCCAACGCUCAAGACAUUGAACAAGGUGGUGGAGGCGAAGAACCGCCUUCGGCGGGCAUGGUCUUCCGAGACGGACAAUGGUUCACCCAGCUCGACGAGCGAUACCUCUUGCCGCUCUUUUCCAACUCUGUGGCGAGCCGCCGACAUCACUUGAAAAAGGCCGGCAGGAAGAGUAGCAAUUACGGAGGCGACAGUUCGCCCACGCAGACGCGAGGCCCGAGCGUGGAUUGGGGACAUCGGGAGGGUCAGUUCGGGGAUGGGGAUAGCGAGAGCGGCAAGGGAAAAGGGCCCUCGCGGAAUUUCAGCGAAUCCGUGACGGAUUUUUUCUUCACUCGCCCGGAGGGCACAGGCUCACCUUCCGGGACGAUGAGUCCCUCGUUAGCUCACCCAAACAGCGCUGGAGGCGGCGAGGUGCCGAGCCCGAUGAGUCUGGCACAGGGGAGCAGUAGCAAUCGGACCCGAUCGAGGACGGAUCUGAGAAGCCUGGCGAUGACGCAAGGGUUACAAGGGCCGGGGUCGACGACUUCGGAGAGUGGGCGGGGAACGAUGAAGUGAGGCAAGGAUAGGGGGUGGAUCGAUUGCCGGGGAGAUCUCUAGACGCUUGGGCGAAGGUGGUCGUUGGUCUCGCGAAAUCGAGGGAUAUGCAGGUUCCUCGAUGAACAGGGGCACGACUAGUCUUUGCUGUUGUAUAUACAUGUGCCGGGAUAGCAUCGAUGGCGAUUCCAGCAAUCUCAUCACGAGCGC